GAUGCCCUUCAAGCCAAAGUGACUGAAUUGACGGACGAGAUCGAAAUGCUGCGUGGUCGGAACGUCCACACGACGCAGAUCGCCGUGGAGGCCGAAACACAGACAGACGGAAACGUCUUUGGAAAGUCCUCUGUCGGUACCAUGGUCACGCAAUCGCUUUUGGCCAGUUCAUUGGCCGUUCUCAAUCACGUUAUGAAUGCCAAUUCAGACGAGGAGAACGCGGACACUAUUCAGGAUGAUGCAUCCUCACUGCACAGCCUGAAUGUGGCAGAGGCAGAGGAUCUGGUAAUCGAUGUCGUUUCCGAUCGCGUACGAGCCAACGCUCCCUUUGAACCUCCAGCGUGGGUUACUUCAACUCCCGAGCGGCAAUCUGUAUCGGACGGUUUAGUCGAGCAUGAUGGGUCGGCACUACCUGAUGAACUGAAGGUUUGUGUUUGUACUUCUACUGAUGACUGCAUCAAACGAGUUGUUUAA